AUGGCCGGGGCGGCGGGCGGCGGGGAGCGGCGGGCGGUGCUGGCGCUGACGGCGGUGCGCACCGAGGGCACCGGGCAGCCCGGCGGGACCCCCCCGCCCCGCCGCCGGGGGCUGCUGUCGGGGCCGCACCCCGGGGCCGCCCCCCGCCCCGCCGGGUCCCAGCGGAGCUGCCGCCGCCGCCUCCAGAACUGCCUGUACAACGUGUUGGAGCGGCCCCGCGGGUGGGCCUUCAUCUACCACGUCUUCAUAUUCCUCCUCGUCUUCAGCUGCCUGGUGCUGUCGGUCUUCUCCACCAUCCAGGAGCACCAGAAACUGGCCAACGAGUGCCUCUUCAUCCUGGAGUUUGUCAUGAUCGUGGUGUUCGGCAUGGAGUACAUCAUCCGCGUGUGGGCCGCUGGCUGCUGCUGCCGCUACCGGGGCUGGCGGGGACGGUUCCGCUUUGCCAGGAAGCCCUUCUGUGUGAUAGACUUCAUCGUGUGCGUGGCCUCGGUGGCUGUCAUCGCCGCGGGCACGCAGGGCAACAUCUUCGCCACGUCGGCGCUGCGCAGCAUGCGCUUCCUGCAGAUCCUGCGCAUGGUGCGCAUGGACCGGCGCGGCGGCACCUGGAAGCUGCUGGGCUCUGUUGUCUAUGCACACAGCAAGGAGCUCAUCACCGCCUGGUACAUCGGGUUCCUGGUGCUCAUCUUUGCCUCCUUCCUCGUGUACCUGGCUGAGAAGGAUGCCAAUGCCCAGUUUGCCACCUACGCCGACUCCCUGUGGUGGGGCACGGCCGCCUCCUGCUCUGCCCCCGGGCAGGUCACCCUCACCACCAUCGGCUACGGGGACAAGACGCCGCAGACGUGGCUGGGGCGGAUGCUGGCGGCCGGCUUCGCCCUGCUCGGCAUCUCCUUCUUCGCGCUGCCUGCCGGGAUCCUGGGCUCUGGCUUCGCCCUCAAAGUGCAGGAGCAGCAUCGGCAGAAGCACUUUGAGAAGAGGAGGACUCCGGCGGCAAACCUGAUCCAGGCUGCCUGGCGCCUGUACUCGACGGAUGUCAGCCGGACGUACCUGACGGCCACAUGGUGUUACUACGACAGCCUCCUGCCCGCCUUCAGAGAACUGGUCCUUAUGUUUGAGCAUUUGCACCGAGUCCGCAACGGAGGAUUUAGGAAUUCAGAGGUGAAAAAGUUGCCAGACGGAGCCCCACCGCCUUAUCACCCCUUCACCCCUGGCCAGAAAAGCGCCAGCCCCGCUGCUUGUUCAGGGGACAGCAACAAGAUGGGCAUCAAGGAGCGGAUCCGGCUGAGCAGCUCGCAGCGGGGCAGCCGGGGCAGGCAGCACCUCGGCCCCCCCCUGCACCGCUCCCCCAGCACCGAGGACCUCCCCGAGGCCUCCAGCCCCACCAAGGUGCAGAAGAGCUGGAGCUUCAAUGACCGGACACGCUUCCGAGCAUCCCUGAGGCUCAAGCCACGGACCCCGGUUGAGGGUGACUGCCCGCUGGAGGACAGCGGCGAGGAGAAGAGCUCCCCCUGCGACCUGACCUGUGAGGACAUCAUGCCAGCGGUGAAGACCCUCAUCCGGGCAGUCAGGAUCCUGAAGUUCCUGGUGGCCAAAAGGAAGUUCAAGGAGACCUUGCGUCCCUACGACGUCAAGGACGUCAUUGAGCAGUACUCGGCCGGUCACCUGGACAUGCUGGGCAGGAUCAAGAGCCUGCAGACGCGCGUGGACCAGAUUGUGGGCAGGGGCGCUCUCACUGUGGACAAGAAGGUUCGGGAAAAGGUGGAGAAACCGGCACUGGAGACGGAGCUGGUGGACGAGCUCAGCAUGAUGGGGCGUGUGGUCAAGGUGGAGAGACAGGUACAGUCCAUCGAGCACAAGCUGGACCUGCUGCUCGGGCUCUACUCCCAGUGCCUCCGCAAGGGCUCCAUCAACUCCUUCAGCCUGGCCGCCGUGCAGGUUCCCCCCUGCGAGCCAGACAUCACCUCCGACUACCACAGCCCCGUGGACCACGAGGACAUCUCGGUCUCUGCGCAGACCCUCACCAUCUCCAGCGGGCUGCCCGCGCUGGGAUGGGCUGGGAUCCUGUGGCGCUGCGCCAUGGCCAGACCACACUCCUGGGAUGCUCCUGGCCCUCCUCGGGGGUGAGACCCUCCAGCUCCUGGGCCCUUGAGUGCUCCCCAGCAACGGUGAGGAUGCUCCAGGCUCAGCCCCAGUCCUCAGGACACAUCCAGCUCCCCAUCGGGGUCCAGCCUGGUCCCCCAGAGCUGAGCCAGGGCCAGCUCCAGCUAUGCAAGGCUCCAUCUCCCUCCUGCUGCUGGGACCAAGCAGGGAUGUUGGGGCAAGACCCACUGUGGUUUUACCUGUGUCAGGGCAGUGUCAGGGCCCCCCCAGGCUGGGUAAUGGGGGUCUGUCCCCCUCACCCUCCUCUGCCUGGGUUGUUUCUCUGCUUGCAGCUCUGGCUGCACCUCUAGAAGCACAGCAGAGCCUUCUGCCUGCCCGUGCAUGCUCCCAGGGCAAUAUAUAUAUAGAAGAUAUAUAUAUUUAUGCAAUAAUGUCUUAAUAUGCAACAUCCCCGGGAAGAGCAACCCGUGGGGCUCAUAGGCAAUAAGCAAACCCGUCCACCAGCACACAGGGCUGGAUCCUGCUGCCCAUGGGGGCUCGGGGCUGGGCAGGGGCUGUGGAGGAGGGAGGGAUGCAGCACAGGCGAUGGGGACAGUGGUCCCGAAGGAGCAUCCCUCCCUCUUGUGUCCCAGACCUGUUCUUGCUUAGAGGAUUCCUUCCCUUCCUGGUCCUGCAGUGCUCUCCAUGUCCCCAUCCCUUCUAUGAACUGGGGAGCACAGGUCAAGUGGGGGGGGGUUGGCCAUGUCUCCUUGCAUGCCUUGACCCAGACAUGGGGCCGGUUGCCAGCCCUGCAGCACUGGGCUGAAGGAUCAUGGUAGUGCCAAAGUUUGCUGAGCUGGGGCAGCUGGGGGUGCCGGGGGGGGGCUCGGUGGUGACCAUCCCCUUGCUGCCGGUGCAGCCCCCCUCUGGGCUUUGCACCAUGGAAUUUGCAGCCCGUUCCCCAGCCCCACUGUGCCUCUGCUCCUGCACUGGGGACCCGCAGACCUUGCUCAUUUCUCUGCCUUGUUAGUGCAUGUGGCCAGAGCCGCUUGCAGCCUCCCCAGUGGUCCCAUGUCACCCUGGUCCCCUUCCCUCACCCCGGGCGGUGGGGCAGUGGUGCCGUGGAGGGCACAAGGGGCGGGUUGGGUGCCGUGGGGGGGGGUUGGUGUGUGUGUGCCAUGCGUGCAUGCAACAGCUUUGCGCGCAGCCGCAAGCAGCAACUGAACUGGUAGGUUAAGUGUGGCCGGUCCCCGCAGCCCUCCCCACGUGCAGUUACCUCACUUGAUUAAUUUAUUAACUUAUUGGUUUCAUUAAAGCCUGGAGCAGAG